ACCUGCCUUGCCAACCAAUUGGGUCACUCAGCAGCCAGAUGGUUGAACAGUAGCCUGUCUCACUGCCUAACAAACCAUUGGCUCUCUGUCAGCCUGUUGCUUCCCAAACAUUGACAGCACCCGACAGUGGUGGGAUCAGUGCGCUGGCUGGCUGACUGAGGAGAUCUCUCACCUAUUUUCUAUUACAUGUGCCUCCACUAAAACUUGUGCAGUACUAGCCAUGGCAGGAGUUUGUCUAGCUUACUAGCAUGGAGUACUUGCAAAGGUGUCCCUAUAAACUUGGGAAUAUGUCUAUGCUGACAGAGUCCAGUUAUAUGGACAGUCUUAGCUUUGGAAGGGAGCCCUCGUUACUGUAUGGCAGGUAUUGGCCGCCGUUGUUUUGGUACUAUUACUACCAGGGCUACAACCCACCCCCAGCCCCACUGGAUGUGGGCAGCCCCUUCCCUCUGUCCCCCUCUGUACGUGAGCCCUGGUCCACCUGGCACAGCCUACCAGGAGAUCUGGCCUACAAACGGGGGAUUGACCAUAGGGAUUCUCCAAAUAAAGAACUACCCACUAAGUUAUCAAAGUAUGAUCGCAUGAAGGAUCGGCAUGAUUUACCUGGGACACUUAACUUUGAUCAGGAACAUUUAGCAAAGCUGAACAGUAAAAAAUGUGCUGGCACCCAAACGUCAUUUUCCGGGUUUGUUGGGGAUAGGUAUUUACCUGAAGGAUCUGUACGCCAUGAGCCCUACUCUGUCACCCCUAGGUGUGCCACACCUCAUGAAGUUCGUCAGCCCAGUCUUUCCCCGCUGCAUAGGCGCAGUCCACCCCCUGCCUACCCUCAUGGGGAUGCAUCCCAGAACAUACCUCUUAAUUUGUCUAUUGGGAACAGCACAGGGGAGAACCAUAAGCUGAGUCCCUUGCGACAACUCCUGAGGCCAUCUGUAAUCACAUGCGCACCUGCAGGAAACAAAUUCUCUGUUACAGACCACUCACAGUCAUUUUCUGCAGCCAUUAGACGAGAGAUCAACUCUGUUGGUGGAUGCGAUCCUGCAAUUGAAGAACAUUUUAGACGGUCCCUUGGCAAAGAUUACCCUGAGUGCCUCCCGUCAAAGUCAUCCUCCAGGUCAUCAUCCCCCUUAGUACAGGCAGCAUCACCUGGAAGUCAGUCCGAGAAGGCUGUCUCCAUUACAGGUUCAGUUGAUGACCAUUUUGCUAAGUCCCUAGGAGAUUCAACGUGGUCCCAGAUAAAAGCUAAAAAUGACCCAGUUCCCUUUGAUAUGUUUUCUGGCUCAGUAGACGAUCAUUUUGCAAAAGCACUAGGUGACACAUGGCUAAGGAUAAAGGCUGAGAAAGAAACAGACCCAAGCUCCUCAACAUGUUCUUCACAACCGGCCUCACCACGACAACAUCCAUCCAUCAUAUCUACGUGAAAUAUAUUCGCAAACAAAGACGAUAUGAACAAAUCCAUGACCUGAAUGAAAGAGACCAAAUUUCAGCAGAAAAGAACACUUUGACACUAUCUGUGUGGAUGUAGAAGUAUGUGCGGACAAACAUAUUUUUGCAGUCAUUUCAUUUAAUGCUUUUAUGAAAACUUUUAAUAUAUAAUAUAUGUAUACGUGAAAGGUCAAUGAUGUGCUGGUUGUACGACUAGCUGGCCAGUGAUGUUAUACAAUAAAAGCCAAGACACACUUCUUCACAGAUUGAAAUAUUGCAGAGGGGCCCAACCAAAGGUUGUCAUUCUGAAUCAUUGGUACAGAUUGCUCCAAGAAGAAUGAACAGGUCAUCAGGAUCACAUCUGGUUGUCUCUCUUUAGCUGUUGUGUUGACAUUGAAGGAAAGAUGAAUGAGGUGAUGUUCCCUGGAACGUGGAAAUGGAACACUUAUGCUUGUGAUGAGAGUACUUUAAGUUAAUGUCAGUUUCCUUUAAAAUUACUCCUACAUGAGUUUUUUAUUUGCAAAAUUUGCUUUGUUGUCCUGAAGAAGCAAGCAUUCCCAGUGUGAAAUUUUGGGUUGAUGGAAAGUUGAAAAAACAAAAAUGGCAAGCUGUAAAGGUACAUUUGUAUUGUGCUGAAUUAUUGUAAAAAACCUUUGUGUUAAUGUAUUUGUUGUCUUGAUAUUGUGCCACCUGAUAUGCUGACCAAGAAUUUACAGUAAAUGUUGUUUAAUGCUGUUGUGGUUUUGUAAGAUUAUAUAAUACAUUAAUUAUAUGUGCCAUUGAGAAUAGUGGAUUUCUAUUAUUGCAGAAGGUAAAUGUUGGUGCCCAGAUUUCAGCAACUCGAGUCAGACGGAUUGUCAAGAUGACUUCAAAGCGGUGAUCCCUUAAUGGUGGGUGAAAACCACUGAGCUGUAUUUAUUUUAUGUAGUAUUUAUCUUUGGCUAGUGGCUAUUUUUGAGAGAUAUUGUUACAAGAUAAAACAUGCAGUUUAAAGAUUCCUGGCAAGUACCAGACAGACAUGAAUGAAAUGUCUCUUUUUGCAAAGAAUAUUUUGGUGGGUAGACUUGUUCUGGUUAGGUGUGUCUUACAUUUAGUAGGCUGGGGACUAUGUUUGAUGGAACUCGCUCAACUGUGAAAUGGCAUGUUAAUAUUAGAGAAUGACAUUUGGUUUGGAAAGAAGAGACUGUGGGUGUUUGUUGAUUGGGUAAUCUCUCCCCCCCCCCCCCCAUAGAGGUGAGUCAAUGUCAGUCAUUUUUAUGAGGUUUUCCCUGAUUUGACAAAAGAGGACAGGGCAUUCUUUGGAGUAUACAUGGACAUGUUCUUACUGCCUUAUAUGCCUUUUAAAUACAUUGUAAUCAGUGCCUUGUGGACUCAGACUGCUAAGUUUGCCGAAUGUAUAAAAAGUAUGACGCACAUAUUUGCAAUAUUGUUGAUGACUGUUAAGGUUUUUUGUUGAUAAUUUCAAAAAAGGCUGAAUGUGUUUGAGUCGGAUUAUUGUUCAGAAGGUCUGUUUUAUAUCAGACAGUUGCAUCUUUGGUAUAGAUGUCACUUUUGAAGGAUUCACAGGUCUUGAAACCUUCAUUUGUAAAAUCCAAAAAGAUGAUUUUUCAUUAUUUGAAAACAUGUUUGUAUGUAAAUAUUUAUCAUUUCCAUGAGCAUAAAACGUGUUAUUUUAUUUCCAAAAGAUGUACCAAGACAUAGUUAUGAUCAUCAUCUUAAAAGCCCAGUAUAUAUAGA